AUGUUAUUUAACAGAGGUGUAAGAAUCAGCGUAUUGUUUGGUUUGGUUGCCUUGUUGGCCAUGGUUAUCUAUGUUGAUGCCACAGCCAGUCAAUGCAGAGGACCAGCCAGUACUGCCUCAUCAAGUAAAACCAGAACUACACUCGUUCUUGGACACGAUUUGGAUGAGGAAGAUUUGGAAAAUUAUGAAAGAGCAACACAUGCAGCAACCACUCUUGGAGGUAGAGGAGGUGGAGGUGGUCGUGGUGGUGGAGGCAGAGGUGGAGGAGGCCGUGGUGGUGGCCGUGGAGGAGGAGGCAGAGGUGGCUCAAGAGGUGGUUCUAGAAGUGGAGGUUCAAGAGGAGGAUCCAGAGGAAGCAGAAGUGGAGGUUCUAGAGGUGGAAGCAGAGGAAGCAAAGGUGGCUCAAGAGGCAGUAAAGGUGGAUCCAGAGGUGGUUCUAGAGGCAGUAAAGGUGGCUCCAAAGGUGGCAGCAAGGGUUCAAGAGGAAAGUCAUCUGGUAAAUCUAAGGGUAAAUCUUCUGGAAAAUCCAAAGGUAAAUCCAAAGGAAAGUCUUCAAAGGGUAAAUCUAAAGGAAAGUCUAAAGGUAAAUCUAAAGGAAAAUCUAAAGGAAAAUCUAAAGGAAAGUCCAAGAGUAAGAGUAAAUCAAAGAGUAAAUCAAAGAGUAAGGCUAAAGCCAAAACUACCAAGGUAACCAGAGAUCCAUUGGUUAACAAUGUUAAAAAGGUAACCGUUGCUGCUGUUGUAGCUCCACCAACAGUUGUUGUAAAACCUGUACCAACUGCUGUGGCAAAUGGCAAUGGAGGAAAGGAUACACACAUCACAUAUAAUGCAAUUGAUACUCUUGCCAAGCAAAUUGCAGCUCAAAAUCCAAGCUUUUUUGAUAUGACUGGUCCUUCAAGUGAUGAUCAAGGAGAAAGAUCAUUAUUCACUGGUUCUGAACGUAAUACUUGUGUUGCUUGUAAGAUUGAUUGUACUCAACCAUUUGGUGGAUUCUCAUCUAUCUUCUCCACAUGCGGACAGCAAUAUUAUUAUUAUGGAUGUCAACAAAAAGCUCCAUGUUAUGAAAGAACUGCCUCAGAUAAUAUCAUCCAAGUUGCUAUUGCAAUGUGUAUUACAAAGAAUAGAUGUACUGUUGAUAGAAAGAAACUGAAUUUGAGUAAGAGGGCAUCAGCUCAAAAGAUCUUAUCAACCAUGGUUGGAGCUAUAAGGGCUGGAUAA